CUCGUGGUGGUAAAGCUAAAAACAGUGAGUGGAGUUCAUGGAUCUAUAAUGAUUAGUUUAAUUAAAUAUGAUUUAAAUGAUUUUCUGACAGUGCUGUGGUGAAAAUGUGCAUAAGACGCACUCUGAGAGCUCUGGUGAAGGAGCGGCUGACUGCGGCUGCGGAAGACAUAUUUGCGCUGUUUGAAAGAACGAUAUCGGAGUAUGAGGAGGAACUGCGCCUCUCCAAACAAGAGAACCAGAGAAACCAGGAGCUGCUGGAAGGCUCUGAACCCGAGAGUCGUGCUGCUCAGAGCGGAUGUCCAGAUGCCCUCCCUGAACCAGGAAAUCCCAGAGGCUCCAGAAAUUAAAGAGGAGCCAAAGGAACCAAGCAUCAAACAGGAGGAAGAGCAGCUGCCAGUGAGUAUUCCAGAGUCCAGUGUUGUCAGUGUGAAGACAGAAGAGUCCUCACUGCUUCAACAAAGACAAACUGAGGCCAGAGAGGAAACCCAGGGAGAGGACAUGAGCACAGAGACACAUUUACACUCAGAGACUGAGGGACCCACAGAACACUCUUCUGACAUUGACAAUGAUGAAGACUGGACAACUCCAUUCAGCUGUUCAGCUGCACACAUGGAAACAGAGGCUGAUGGAGACCACUACAGCCAAGUCCAGAUCACAGCCACAAGCACCACUGCACCAAACUCAGGUCUAGCCCCCAAAUACAAGUCUGCCCCAGAGACCAGAGCCACUGUGAAUAAUGGAGACGUGUCAGGAUUAGUCGAAGGAGCUGAAAGAAAGAAACACCAGUGCUCUGUUUGUAAAAUGAGAUUUGUGAGGAAAGACCAUUUACAAAGACACUUACGAAUUCACACAGGAGAGAAACCUUACAGCUGUCAAAUCUGUAAGAGAUCAUUUUCACAAAAAGGAACAUUAAUUCUACAUAGAAGACAACAUACUGGUGAAAAACCAUUCAGCUGUCCAACCUGUAAGAAAACAUUUACGAUGAAGAGUAAUCUAAAUAAACAUUCAAAAAUACAUACAGGAGAAAAACCCCAUGGCUGUUCAAACUGUGAUAAAACAUUUCACAAUAGAGCUGAUUUAACUAGGCAUAGAAGAACACACACAGGGGAAAAACCAUUCAGCUGUCCAACCUGUAAGAAAGAAUUUACAUUGCAGAGUAAUCUAAAUAAACAUAAAGGAUUGCAUACAGGAGAAAGACCUUACAGCUGUUCAGUCUGUCAGAAGGCAUUCACUCAACGUUGUCAUCUCACUUCACAUGUAAGAAUACAUUCAGAAGAAGGACCUUACAGCUGUUCGGUUUGUCAGAAAGCAUUCAGUGAACAUCGUUAUCUCGCUUCACAUGUAAGAAUACACUCAGAAGAAAGACCUUACAGCUGUUCUGUCUGUGAUAAAGCCUUUAAAUUUAAGGGUGUUCUGUUUCAACACACACAACGUUUUCAUCCAGGCGCACUGGAGAACUUGCCUAGUCUACAUCUACAUUUAAAGAAUUGAAGGUGCACUAGUCUACACAAUGCAUUAUUGUUUAAUUAGAUUAAAGAAAAACAUUGUGUAAAUUGCAAUUGUACUUUUUUUUAAUUUGUCUUCAAAACCCUGUUUGGCUUCUCUCGCUCUCAGACCUGUUUAUGUGAGCUGUAUUUUGUAAGUGCUGA